UUCCCCGUCCCAUUCGGCGCAAUCCUCUCGGCGCUCCUCCUACUCCAGCCCUCCUUUGUCGGCCCUUACCACAUACUCGAAUCCGACCCUCAACUAUGGAGGCACACGCUCGCGCAACCGCCUCGAUGGAGGAAGCCCAGUCUCCCCACGCCGCCGAGUCCUCGACCAAGACGAACCGUCGCCGCGGCCACAGUCUCAGCGUGUCACCCCCCUGGCACACCGCAAAGUCGACGACACACAACCAUGGGCCAAGAGACUCGACCCUCCAGCACAGCAUCUUCGCUCAAAACCAUGGCCCCUUCCGCAGUCACCGCCAGAACAGUGCCGCGAGCGACGACGCCGUCCCCGCCCAUCCCAAACAGGGGCACAAGUUGAAGGGCAUGCUGCGCCGCGCCUCUGUCUCCUUUCGUUCCGGUGUGAAGGGCAUCGUCCAUAGGAGGACCUCCGUUCCGAACACUCCGACUUUUGAGCCGGACGCCGGUGCCGGUCCUUCUCAGCCGUCUGCAACUGCUCGUCCCACCACUGCGCAUUCGACCUGGAACAAACUGCGUCAAGCUACGAGCUUCCACCGCCAUUCCCGUAGAAUGUCUGUCCACCACGGCGAAUACCCCUUCGGUCACAUUGCCCUCCAAUCACCGCCUCUUCCCGUACCCGGCUCCGGCGAGCAACCUCCGAUCAUCCCCCGUAAUACCGGUGCUGCUGCACGGCAAGCCGCCGCGAGUGCAGGUCACGGCCUCGAGAUGAUCAAUAUUCCUGCACCCCGACCAUGGGCGAACGACGGCAUGGACGACUACGAGAGUGGAAUUGGCAUUGCCGUCACGAGAGGCAGAUCGUCCGAGUCUGACGUCUUCAUGGAUGGCGUUGAUUCCGAUGUCGACAUUGAGCUGAACAGUCCCUCUCCCAACGACGAGGUGGACAUCAUCAAGGUCGACUUCAUCUCCCAACUACCUCUUGAACUCGGAAUCCAUAUCCUGGGACAAUUGGAUGCGUCAUCGCUGGCUUCGGCUUCCCUCGUCAGUAGGUCAUGGAACCAUGCUGCUAGGAACCAGCAUAUUUGGCGCGAGUCUUUCCUCCGGGAGAAGACCACCACCUACGCCACGAGCGGAGCCGUCAAGCCGGGAACCGGUCUUGGCGUGCCAGCCAUCCGCCCUGGCAACGACUGGAAGGAGAUCUACAGGGUCAGAGAAGAACUUGACAAGAGAUGGAAGGAGGGCAAAGCUCGUCCUAUUUACCUCCAUGGCCAUACGGAUAGUAUCUACUGCUUGCAGUUUGACGAACACAAAAUUAUCACCGGUUCUCGUGACAAGACCAUCCGUGUCUGGGACAUGAAGACUUACUCCUGCAAGCUUGUCCUGGGUCCGCCCGAGAUCAUCAACGACUCGGACUUGUCCCUCCUCCACGACGAAGCUGGCAAUCCCAUUCACUAUGCGACCCUUCCCGAGCUCGACCCCCACCCCUCAGCCAGCGGUCAAAUUCAAACCCCCGCCAGGAGUCACUUCUCCUCACCGGCCCUCUUCUCACCCCCCAUUUUCCACCGGGCUUCCAUCCUCUGCCUCCAGUACGACGACGAGAUCCUCGUUACCGGCUCCUCCGACGCCACCUGUAUCGUUUACGAUAUCGCCUCUGGUUACCAACCCGUCUGUCAACUCCGUCACCACUCCGCCGCCGUCCUCGACCUUGUCUUCGAUGACAAGCACAUCGUCACCUGCUCCAAGGACGUGUCCAUCUGCGUCUGGGACCGUGCCACGGGCGCUCUGCUCAAACAACUCCGCGGCCACACCGGUCCCGUCAAUGCCGUGCAAAUGCGCGGCAACACCAUUGUCUCCUGCUCAGGUGACUUCCGCGUUAAGCUCUGGAACAUCGAAACCGGCAAGCAGAUCCGCGAGUUCCUGGGCCAUACCAAGGGUCUCGCCUGCAGCCAGUUCUCAGAGGACGGACGGUACGUCGCCUCCGCUGGCAACGACCGCGUCAUUCGCAUCUGGGACGCCAACACGGGCGAAUGCGUGCGCGAGAUGAAAGCGCAUGGCGAUCUGGUCAGAAGUCUGCAUGUCGACAGCGUGUCGGGCAGGUUAAUCUCUGGAAGCUACGAUACGGAUAUCAAGGUGUGGGAUAUGGACACGGGUGCCCAGCUGCUCGAUUUCCCGCAGUGGCAUAAUAGCUGGGUGCUAUCCGCCAAGAGCGAUUACAGGCGUAUUGUCAGCUCCGGACAGGAUCCAAAGAUUCUCAUCAUGGAUUUCGGUGCGGAUGUGAAGGGGAUUGAGAUGCUGGAGACUCCUGCCCCAAAAGUGGUGCCGCAACAUCAGCAGCAGACGAACAAUCAGGUUGCUGUGCCCUCGGAGCAAGGGCCGGGCGGGUAUUUUUGAUGAGGUUCGAUGGGACGAGACAAAAUGAGAUGCUUGCAUGAUCAUGGGCGGCGUUUUCAGGAAACCGGAUACGGGAACUGGUCUGGAGUCCUCUGGACUGAACCGGACUGGACUAGUUGGAUCAAUCACCGACGGG